CCGAGACUGGAGGCGGGGCCGGGUGGGGUGCGGGAGCCCCUGGAGGCUGCCCUCCGCGUGUGGGAGAGGGUGAGUGUGCCGUCGGGGAGGCAGCUUGAGGGCGGCUUCGCCGGAAAAACGGACUCCGGUGACCGGUGACUGAGGCGCCUUUGGGUUGGCAAGCGGUAAGGCCUUUGGGGGAGUGCGUUUUGGGGUGUUUAGAGGGCUCAGGACUGGUGGGCCGAGGACUCCAUCGACUGGAGGGCCUGUGGGUUCGUGACAGUGUUGGAUUUCCCGGACGCAGGAGGGUUGAGAAAUCUCGCCCACUCCCGCGUGUGUCCAGGAAAGACCUCGCUGCGGAGAGCCGCCUUGCCUGGAUGACCCCGGAACACAUGCCCCCUUGUUGGCCUCUGACAAGGCCAGAUACCAGCCCUCCAAACUCUCAUCCUGUGCCUCAUCAGCGGCCAGCUGGACUGUAGUCCCUGCUGAUCGAUGGGUUGGACAAGGGGUCUGGAUGCAAGCUGUGAAUGAGCGGACAGUGGGGGUAGGAACUGGAGGUACCAGCCUAUUGGUGUUAAUGCAGAGCUGGUGGCCCUUUUGGGUGGUGAUUAGGAGGACUGUAGGGGUGUUAGUGAAUGGUGGGUGAGCAUGGGGUAGAUUAGAAAAUGGGGUCUCAUGGAAAUGAAUGGUUAGGGCCCCUGUAUGAUUAGGGAUUGGCCAUCCCUUGGGUGUCGUGAUGGGGGCUAGCAAGCCUGAGGGGGCUCUGUGAGAACAGUGACUGGGGGCACUUUUAGAGUGAGUGGAUGGGUAGCUGUAGGAUUUCACUGACUCCACUUCUAGUCAACAAAUAGAAUAAACUCUGUCAAGAUUAUUGGGUAGGAGUGUGGGGGAUCCAGUGAUGGGUUUCGUGGCAUCAGUGUCGAGAAGCUAGUGGGAAUCAGUGGGAAUCAGUGAUGAGAGGCUGACCAUGGCUGGUGUUUGGGGCUGAGUGAGGAAGAGCCUGGAAUGAUCGGGAAUCAAGGGUCCUGUAGAUACCUGAUUGGGGGUGGGGCUGUGGAGAGACUUUGGAUUUCACUGAUGGUGUCACCUGGGGGUUGAUGAUUGGGUGCUUUGCUAGAGGAGUCCCUGGGGAUGUGUAUGUGUAACUGAAGGUCCAGGAGGGACAGCCUGUAAAGUCAGCAGUCAGGGUCCUGGUGGGAUGAGGGGCAAGUGGGGGAAGUGAUAGGUUUGUGGCGCUCGGUGACUAUGUGGUCUGGAGACUUGUGAGGGCUCUGUUGUGGUCAGUGAAUGAGGGGCUGGAGAAUUCUCAGGUGGUCAGUGUGGGUAAGUGGGAGCCUCUGAGUGCUGACGUUCCGUCCGUGGGCUGGGGUGGCAGGGGGCUUCAGUCAUUCUGUGGGGACUUAUGUGUGAUUGAGGCCAUCUUUGGUGAUAGGACCUCUGUGAGUUGUGCUUGUGGGUUUGGGUGGGUCCCAAUGAGUGUUGGUCACACAUUGGCUCAGGCAAGACUCUCACAUAGUGACUUCUCUUGAAUGACAUACUCUUUUGUUCUGUGGUUCUUCUCAGCCAGCACAUCACGUUGUUGGUUUGUGAUGGCUCCUUUUACUGGAAUAUUUCCUUAUGUUCUCAGUGACCCCAUUGGCCAUAAGGCCUUCCCCUUGCUGGCUGAGUCCCUGUGUCCUCCUCCAUCCCUGAAGCACCUUCAGCUCUGUCUAGCUCCAGCCCUCUUGAAGCUUAUUUUCUGGAAAGGUGUCUGCUGACCCGUCCACCAUGCUCGGGCUUCCUCGCUAGCCUGACAGCCUGCGGAGACAAAGCUCAGCAGCCAUUCCUGGACCCCAGGUAUAUUCUUAGGAAGGAAAUAGCAUCUCUGUGUGAUUUUAUGCCUCUGAAGUCCCUGGCUCUUGUCUCCUCUCUGGUUGAAUGUAAGUGACCUGGUCCAUGAGCAGUGAAGGAAAUCAAGGUGUAAGUAUGUGUAUGCAUCAAGAUUUAGUAUUUUUUGUUUAUUAUACUUACCUGAAAUCUUAGUUUUGUUUUUUCCAAUAAUUCUGCCUAAGGUAUCUGUUAUGUAGUUUACAAUCUCUUAAAAAGUUUUUAAAAUAGCGGUUGUACUCAGUUAUCUGGUUAUUUGGCCUCUUGGGGAAAUCAUUAAAUCCAAAUCAGCCAACCCAAAAAUCUCUUCGCCAAAGCAGAAGAAAAAGAAAAACAGUUUUAUUGUUGCAUAAAAAUUAAACUUGAAACAAGAAUGCACUGAGCUUUGCAGGCAACAUGCUGAAGAGACUGCAGAGACAGAAAUCUCACUGUUCCCUGCAGUCAGGCGGGUACGCCCAUUACACACCCAUUCUCAAGAUAAAGGAUAAUCUGUUACACACAGUUCUUACUACACUUUCCUGGUACUUGGGGUGGCCAUUGUGUUAGCUUUCGCCUUUGUCCAAACGAAAAAUAGCCUUCUCAUAUCUUUGUGAUUGGGGGUGGUUUUAUACCUGGGAGCCAGGUGCCAAAGUCAGGCACUUGGUUAGGGUCUUGCCCUUCCUGAGACUCGGAAGUAGGGCGCCUAUCCUCCUGGAUGCCAUCAAAGAGAUAGCUCCUGGGUCCUUAAGAAAGACAUUUUGGGUGGUAAACUAGAUAAGGCUUAUUAGCAUUAGAAGAGAUUUACACACAUUUCAAAGGGGCAGAGAAAGAAUGUACAAUUACGGGUUUUCUGAAGUAAGUGCUUUUUGAGUAGAAGUCGGGGGAGUCUCCCUUUCUUGCAUGAGGGAAAAUUAAUUUUUUUUCUUACUUUUAUUUUAUGUGUGCCGCUGAUGGCCUCUGAGCUUGUAGUCCCCUAGAGGUGUUAGGUGCUCUCCUGCAUGCUCUGGGAAGAGCAGGAAGGGGCACCAGGGCCAACAACGUGGACCCUGUGGAACCAUUGGACAGCCCUGUGUCCCACCACCCCUUCAAGCAUCUCCUCCAGUCAAGGAUCAGAGACCCUCAGAAAGAAGCAGAUUGGAGCAGUGUCUUUGGGAUAUGGAGGGGGCUGGGAGAUGAGGAAGGGCAGCCCUUCACUCAUCAGGAAUUUUUUUUUUUUUAAAGAUUUUAUUUAUUUAUUUGACAGAGAGAGACACAGCGAGAGAGGGAACACAAGCAGGGGGAGUGGGAGAGGGAGAAACAGGCUUCCCACGGAGCAGGGAGCCGGAUGCAGGGCUCGAUCCCAGGACCUGAGCCGAAGGCAGACACUUGACGACUGAGCCACCCAGGCGCCCCUCAUCAGGGAUUUUGAUCCGCUUCCAUUACUCCUUGGAAAUGAGGCCUGGCUGUUCCUGCUGGCUUCUGAGGGAAAGGCACAAACCCACACACGAGUCUCCCCCAGCACCUCUCAUCUUUUCACUGUUUCUGUUGGCUCCUCUUAUUGAGGCUUUCUUUUUGCUCUCCGGCUGAUUUUGGAGUUGAGCGCCAACACCCCAGUCUAUCAUCAUCUUGAUCUAAGAGCCGUCAUCUGUUUACCAUUCUGCUCAGAAAUGGGUUGCCUCUUGGGGCGCCUGGGUCUGCCUUCGGCUCAGGUCAUGAUCCCAGGGUCCUGGGAUUGAGCCCUGCAUCGGGCUCCCUGCUCAGCAGGGAAUCUGCUUCUCCCUCUGCCUUUUCCCUGGCUUGUGCUCUCUCUUGCUUGUGCUCUCUGUCUCUCUCUCCCUCAGAUAAAUAAAUAAAAUCUUAAAAAAAACAGCUUUAUAAAAGAAAAAGAAAUGAGUUGCAUCUUACUCUAUAUGAGCUGUACCAGUAAGUUCACUUAAAUGCUCUCUGAAAAUACUGUUGCAGAAUGAGUGAGCCAAGGUUCUAUUUCUGGAGAGCGUCUUGAUGUGGUGAUGCUCCUCCGGAGAUGUUUGGCUGAACUGGUGAGGCGAGUGGCUUGAAUCUGGCAUUUAUAGGUGGGACUGCAGGGACUGCAGAGUGUAGCGUGGUGCAGGCCUGGCCUGAUACAGACUUGCCAGGAGUUCCUCUUGCAUCUGCUUCUUACCUCCCAGCCCUGAUUCGAGUUGUUUGAUUUCCCAGUAAGAGAGAACCCAGAUUAGUGACAUCAUCUAAAAUAAAAUUCCCACUGUAUCUCCAGGCCAUGACUGAGGAACGAGAAAAUUCAAGUGAGAUAAGAAAGAAGAGGCCUCAGGACUAGGGGUGCUCUCUUAGUUUACAGACAUUUGACCAGAAGCCUCUCUCCAGAGCAUCAGGACAGACAGGAGUCACAGAACGGAGCCGAUUUUCCAAGCCGCAGAAAAUGAUCAAGUCACAGAUCUCCUUUGAGGAUGUGGCUGUGGGCUUCACGUCGGAGGAGUGGCAGCUACUCAACCCUUCUCAGAAGAGCUUGUACAGAGAGGUGAUGUUGGAGAACUACAGCAAUCUAGUUUUCUUGGGUUAUCAAAUUAUCAAACCUGAUGCAAUUUUCAAGCUGGAACACGAAGAGCCGUGGAUAAUAGACGAAGAAGUUCUAAAUCAGAACUUUUCAGAAGAAGUCUGGCUAGAUAACAGUCUCAAAAUGUGGCACCAGGAUAAUCAAGACAAGCUUAGAAGUGUGGAGAGAGGCCAUGAAUAUGAUGUUUUUAGGAAAAUAUUUCAUUCAAGCAUUAACUUUGUUCAUUUAGGAAUGAGACCCCAUAAAUGUGCCACAGGUGAAAAAAGUCUGAAACAUCCUUUUGAGUUUCUUAUUCCAAAAAAUAACCAUGGAAGAAAGAAACUUGAUGAGCUCAAUAAGAAAUAUUUAUUGUAUGUCAAAGCUGAUAGAACCCAUGGUGAAAUGCCAUACUGUGAUUGCAGUAAAUGUAGGAAGGCUAGCAGGACAGGGUCGUGGCCCAUUGCAAACCGUAGAACGCACACAGGAGUCCAUUUAUGCAUGGAGUGCGGCAGCAUUUUCAGUAAGAAGUCACAGCUCAUCAUACACCAGCGGACGCACACGGGAGAGAAGCCCUAUGGAUGCAGCGAAUGCGGGAAAGCCUUCUCCCAGAAGUCACUGCUCACUAUUCAUCAAAGGACUCAUUCAGGAGAAAAACCAUAUGGAUGUGGUGAAUGUCAGAAAGCUUUCAGUAGGAAGUCCCUGCUCAUUUUACACCAGAGAACGCACACGGGAGAGAAGCCCUAUGGAUGCAGUGAGUGUGGGAAAGCCUUCAGCAGGAAGUCGCAGCUCAAGAGACAUCAGAGAACCCACACAGUCGAGAAGCCCUAUGGCUGCAGUGACUGUGGGAAAGCCUUCUCCCAGAAGUUAAAGCUCAUUACCCAUCAGAGAACCCACACAGGAGAGAAGCCCUAUAAGUGUAGUGAUUGUGGGAAAGCCUUCUUCUGGAAGUCACAGCUGAUUACUCAUCAGAGGACUCACACGGGGAAGAAACCAUACGCAUGUAACGAGUGCACAAAAGCCUUCAGCAGGAACUCGCUGCUCAUCAGACAUCAGAGGAUCCACACAGGGGAGAAACCCUAUGAGUGCAGUGAGUGUGGGGAAGCCUUCAUCAGAAAGCCACAGCUUAUCAAGCAUCAACUAACUCACACGGGAGAGAAGAACUACCAGUGUGCUGAUUGUGAAGAAGCAUUCUUUAAGAAGUCAGAGUUAAUCAGACAUCAGAAGACUCACUUAGGGGAGAAACCCUACGGAUGUGUUGAAUGUGGAAAAACCUUCUUUGGGAAGUCACAGCUCCUAACGCAUCAGAGAACUCACACUGGAGAGAAACCGUAUGAAUGCAGUGAGUGUGGAAAGGCCUUCACCCAGAAGUCAAGCCUGAUUUCACACCAGAGGACACACACAGGGGAGAAGCCCUAUGAGUGCACGGAGUGUGGGAAGACCUUCAGUGAGAAGUCAAGCCUCAUUCAUCACCAGAGAACCCAUACUGGAGAGAAACCCUUCGAAUGUAGUGAGUGUAGGAAAGCUUUUGCCUGGAAGCCACAGCUUCUUAGACAUCAAAGAAUUCAUACAGGGGAGAAACCCUAUGAAUGCAGUGAGUGUGGGAAGGCCUUUGUUCAGAAAGUGCAGCUCAUUAAGCAUCAGAGAAAUCACACAGGAGAGAAAACCUAUGGAUGCAGUGAUUGUGCAAAAGCCUUCUUUGAGAAGGCACAGCUCGUUAUCCAUCAGAGAAUUCACACGGGAGAGAGACCCUAUAAAUGUGGUGAAUGUGGGAAGUCUUUCACUAGAAAGUCUCACCUUAUGAGGCAUCAGAGAAUUCAUACAGGAGAUAAAUACUAUGGGUGCAGUGAGUGUGGGACUGCUUUCGGCAGGAAGUCGCAGCUCAUGAUUCAUCAGAGGACUCACGUCCUCUAGAAACCAUGUGAAUGCUGUGAACUUGGAACAUUUACUGUCAGACGUCAUGCCUUCUGACACGUCCGAGGACACACACACAGGAGGAACCCUGUCAGUGCACUGGGAUGGCAGGUCUCACCCAACAAUUUGGAGAGGAGGGAAUUUGUUUAAGUAGACAGUGUAAGAGAGCCUUCUCCCAGAACACACAGCUUGUUACACAUUAAUGACUUAACGUGGAAGUCUUACCAGUAUUGUGGUAGUACAGACCCUUGUAGUGAGAAGUGACAGCUCAUUGUUAGAGGACCUACGCUUGAGGAGAAACUGGACUGUUGUAAAAAGCAAGUGAGAGGUUUCAUCAAGAAAGGAUAACUCACAGUACACUAGAGAGUGCAUACACAAAAUACUGAGUAGUAUGAAUUAGAGAUUUCGAUACAGAGAAGUCCUCAUGUGAAGAAUUUUGAUAAGCAUGAUCUUGUUGAAGGAAUUCUAUAACAUUGUGUUUGUUGUAUGUAAGUUAUAAAAAAUAGUUAUUUUUAAAAGGUAGUUGUGUUUUAAGUGUGAAGACUUCUGCUUUCUGCUAUGGUGGUACGGCAAGGAUCAGAUUACUCCCCUGCCUUCGACAUCUAGAAACUGUAAAAUGUAUGCGAAAGAAUAGUUUUGAGACCUAUGGCAAGCAGAAGUUUGUGAUCCCCGGCAGAAGGUGGACAGAGUGAGGUGAGCCCCACAACAGCCCAGCCUAGCGCCUGGUGGCAGCUCCCAGGCUGCUGUUCAGGGGAAAGGAACACGUGGUCUCGUCAAAGAGAGCUGCCGACAUGGCCUUUGGGGAGGCCACGGUAGCUAGAAUUUGCAGGGAAAGGAGAAGAGGGAGCUUUCCAGAGAGAGGGCUGCAGAAAUCUAUGAGGAGUCCCCUUGAGUCUUUUGGCUUAGUGCUGAUUUGCAUGGGUGUGAAAGGAAAAGGCGUGCUGGAAAGCGGGCGGCAGAACAAUUCCCAGAAGUCAGUGCCGGGCUGGGAAUAAAGUUCCCACCAGCUGGAUUGGAACAGCUUUGAACACAUGGGGCAUCAUUAGGACUCCCCGCAGAGUAUGAUCUUGUGAAGUAACUCACCCUAGAUUAAAAGCUGCUCUAGACCCACAAUGUCUGGCAUCUAAACACUUUCCUGACAUGCAAAGAAAUUAUGAGAAUACGACUUGUAACCAGGACAAAAAUGAAUCAGUAGAAAGAGACAUAGAAGAGACUGGAGCACUUGGCAUUGGACAAGGGUGUUCAAGCAGCUCUUUCGAAUAUAGAGGAAAAUAUGAACAUGACAAGACCAGAAUGGAAGGUGUAUUUUUAAAAGCCCAAGUGGAACAUCUCAGGAUGAAAACAGCAGUAUCUGAAAAUUAAAAAAACAAUGACCAAAAAAACCCAACUCUGAGUGAAAUUAAGAACAGAUGAGACAUAGAAGAAGAAAAAUUGAUGAAUUUAAGUAAGAAUAUAAACUGUCCAACUGAUGAACAGAGAAAAAAAGCCUGGAAGAAAAGAGAGGAGGGGAGCAGAGUCCUAGAAGGAGAGGACGGGGAAGAGAAGUAACAAAGUAUCUGAAUAAAUAAGGGCUGAAAUUGUUACCAAUGGGAUGAAAAGUGUCACUCCACAUAUUCAAGGAGUUCAAAGAACCCCAAACAAGAUACAUAAAAAAAAUCCUGCUAAUGGACAUCAUAGUCAAAUGGAUGAAGAACAGUUGUAAAGCACCUCGGGAAAGACAGGACGCGCUCACAAAACAGAGUAGGACAGCUUGCUCCCGGGCAGAGUCUGCUCAAGCCACAGGACAGUAGAGUGAGUGACCACUUCGGAUUACUGAGGGAAAAAAUAAAACCCCUGCAACCUGGCGUUUGUCUAUUACCCAUCAGAAAUAUCUUUCAAAAAUUAAAGGAAAAAAAGACUUUUUCAGGAAAACAAAAUCAAAGAGAAUGUAUUAGCUGUAGGCCUUCCUUCAGGAAAAUUUAAGUAAGUUUGGGGGCAGCAGGAAAAUAAUCCUAGGUGGAAAUGUGUAUCUACAGGAAGAAAUGAAGAGUUCUGGGAAUGGUAAAUAUCUGGGUAAAUAUAAAAGAUUUUUUUCUCAUUUUAAAAUCUUUUAAAAAGGUAAUCGAUUGCUUAAAGCCAAAUAGUGACAAUGUAUUGUGGGUUAUGAUCUAUUUAGAAGUAAAUUAUAUAACAACAACAACACUUAUGGGUGAAUUUUCUAAAAUAGUUAAAUAGACUGCAUCAUCUGAGUCAGAAAUCUGCUUCCCCAGGGCUCAGGGUGACUUGUGUCUGUAGCAUCUACUCAGUAGAGAUGACAUGUGAUGGACCUGCAUACAUGCUGCUUGUUCCCUGCUCCUGCUCCUCUCUCUGCACCCCAGGGGCUGCCCUCUAGGGUUUCUGCUAAGCGGCUAGAUCAGCCGUGGGAGGAGAGAGGCUAGGGCAUUCCUCCCCGCCCUCCCUACUGGGCCUUGGUUUGGGCAGAGUCUGUGCCUGCAUGGGCACAGCUCCUGCCGGGCAGUCCUCCUCGGGGGCUGUCGACUCCGUUCUCAGUUCACGCCUCCCUCUCCUUGCUCUUCGGAUGCUUCACCAUCCCUAGUUGGUGUCCUUAAUUCUGAACACAUAUCUGUAAAUAGUCCCUCUAUUAAAUGUUCUUGAGUUAA